UCAUGCGCUCAUUCUUUCCCCUCACAUUCAGCGUGCUCUCCAUGGCGGGUCUCCUGCUCAUCGCUCUUGGUACUGGUGGUAUCAAACCUUGUGUGGCUGCCUUCGGUGGAGAUCAAUUUGGAGAUCAUCAGGACAAGCAAAGAAGAACGUUCUUUUCAGUUUUCUAUCUCUGCAUCAACGGUGGAAGUCUUUUGUCAACCAUCAUAACUCCCAUCCUCAGAGCUCAGGAUUGUGGUAUUCACAGUAAGAGCAAGUGCUACUCUCUUGCUUUCGGAGUGCCUGCAGCCCUGAUGGCGGUUUCUCUCGUGGUGUUUAUCAUGGGGAGUGGUAUGUACUACAAAACUAAACCAGAGGGGAAUAUCAUGCUCAAGGUGUCUAAAUGCAUCGGGUUUGCAAUUAAAAACCGGUACAGACACAGAAGCAGAAAAUAUCCAAAGAAGGAGCACUGGAUGGACUGGGCAGAGGAAAAAUAUGACAAACUCCUCAUUGCUCAAAUCAAAAUAGCACUGAGGGUUCUCCUCUUGUACAUCCCGCUGCCCAUGUUCUGGACCCUUUUUGAUCAAAAGGGCUCCAGGUGGACACUACAAGCCACCACAAUGGAUGGGAAUUUUGGGUCAAUCGUCAUACAGCCCGAUCAGAUGCAGACAAUCAACCCCAUCCUGAUUCUGACUCUGGUUCCCAUUAUGGAAAGCCUGGUGUACCCUCUGAUUAAAAAGUGUGGUCUGAACUUUACACCUCUGAAGAAAAUGACUGUUGGGAUGAUUCUAGCAGCUCUUGCUUUCGUCUGUGCAGCUGUGAUCCAGCUUCAAAUUGACAAAACCUUGCCUGUCUUCCCAUCGGCGUCCCAGAGUCAGUUGAAGUUUCUUAACAUGGGAAAUACUCCAAUUACUGUUCAGUUUCCAGAAAAUCAGCUAAAUCUUGCAGCAGCUCAGGCCAGUGAAGAAUACUUCAAAUUUGAAAGUGAUCAAAUUACGGUUUUAAUCGGCAAUCCUCCAGUAUCAAAAAGUGUUUCCCUAACCAAAGGGCAGCGACAAACACUUCUUAUUCCCUCAGCAAUCAAUGAUGAAUGGCAACUGGCUUCUGAUCUGAUUUACAAGCCACAAGAAGGAAACAAUGAAAUCCGAUUCAUAAAUGGAAUGAGUACACCAGUGACAGUCUCGUCAGCUGCAGGCCAUUAUGGUGAAAUUGAACCGUUGCAUUAUUCAAACUACUCCGAGAUAAAAAAUGGAAGGGCCACAUUCACCUUGCAGAGCGGGUCACAGUCAUGUGAAUACAGCAAGGACUUUGGAUUUGGAGGCUCUUACACUUUCUUCAUCCCCAGCACAUUAACAUUUGGACCAAACUGUCAAGAAUCUAUAACUGAGUCAGUGGACAUUAAGCCGAACUCGGUGCACAUGGCCCUUCAGAUCCCACAGUACUUCCUCAUCACCGCUGGUGAAGUCAUGUUUUCUGUUACUGGCCUGGAGUUCUCCUAUUCACAGGCACCCAGUAACAUGAAGUCAGUGCUGCAGGCGGGCUGGUUGUUGACCAAUGCCUUUGGAAACUUUAUCGUCCUCAUUGUGGCAGAGAUUGCAAAACUUCCCAAACAGUGGACAGAGUAUAUCCUGUUUGCCUCUCUGCUGGUGGCGGUGUCCAUCAUCUUCUCCAUUAUGGCGAGUUUUUACACUUACAUCGACCCCACAGCGAUCGAGGCCGAGUUCAAGAAGAAAAUUCACGAUGAUGAAGAUGAUGAAGAUGAUAAGAAAAAGGAGCUGCAGAAAUCAAAAGAGAUGGAGAAGAGAGAUUCCGUUAGCAGUGACGAUGAAGACAAGAAAUAUGUUCAAACCAGCAUGUGAACUAUCAGGAAAUGAAUCUAUGGUGUUGACACAAAAGUAAGAAUUUAUAGUAGGUGUUAAUUUGAGUUAUGUUUAUACUGUAAUGCACAAAGGAUGCUAUAAGGUAACAAAGUCAGGCAUGUGAAAAAUGUAUUGUGCAAAAAAACCUACAAAUUAAUUGAUCUGUCAAUUUGCUAAACAUCUGAGUGCAACAGAAUUUGUCUUUUAAGUCCAAGUUAAAUCAACAUGAUUACAAAAUAUUACUUCUUCCUUGUUUUUUUGUUUUUUUCUUUUUUGUUGCUACUUGUAUUGUAAAGAUGUACCCAUAGUAUUGGAAUCAUGAUAACGCUUUACUUAAAAGUAUCAUGUUUUGCAAUCUCUUAAUACGAGAUAAUGGUCCUUCCUUUAGCUAAUAUAAGAAGUUGGUUUUGAAAC